ACAUUUAUCCGAACAAAAGAUUCCCUCCCUUUUCCCUCGUUUUCUACUCUCUCUCUAACGUCUAAACUAAAACCCUCACUUUCUCUCUCUUCCUAUUCCCCCAAUUCCAAUUAUACCCCCACCUCCUUCCCCUAGAAAUCAUAUACCUCCAUGUCCGGCGGGGCUGGAGCCUCCGAUGGUCCCACGCUGCCGUAUCAACCUUCUCCCACGGCUUCAACAGCACCAGCUUCGACGGUUCCUUCGGUUGUUCCGCCGAUACGUCGUCACCUGGCCUUCGCUUCGACGAAGCCGCCGUUUGUUCAUCCCGAUGAUUAUCACAGAUUUUCAUCUAGUAAUAGUCGUGGAAUCGUCGCCGAUCAAGAAGUUGAAGCAAUUGUUGUGAGAUUUCCACAAUUAAAAAGGAAAAGCGCAGCAGACAAAAAUGAAGUUGAGUCUAGCCAAUGGACAAGCAGUCCAGGAGUUACCAGCAUAUCCAACAGUCCCUUCCAGACACCCGUAUCUGCUAAAGGAGGAAGGAUAGAUAAUAGAUCAAAAACCUCAAAAGCCAACAAAUCAAUGCCUCAAACACCUGUGUCAAAUGCUGGUUGUCCAUCUCCUCUUACACCUGCUGGCAGCUGCCGGUAUGAUAGUUCUCUAGGUCUGUUGACGAAGAAGUUUGUCAAUCUUAUGAAGCAUGCUGAAGAUGGUAUCCUUGACCUAAAUAAGGCUGCAGAAACAUUGGAGGUGCAGAAGAGGAGGAUAUAUGAUAUAACAAAUGUCUUGGAGGGCAUUGGUCUUAUCGAAAAGAAGUUCAAAAACAGAAUACAGUGGAAGGGUGUUGGUGCUUCAAAGCCAGGAGAAACAGAUGGCGAUGUCUCUGUAAUACAGGAGGAAAUUGAGAACCUUUCCAUGGAAGAGAGGAGAUUAGAUGAUCAAAUAAGAGAAAUGCAGGAAAGGUUGAGGGAUUUGAGUGAGAAUGAGAACAAUCAGAAGUUGCUUUUUGUGACUGAAGAGGACAUCAAGGGUAUACCUUGUUUUCAGAAUGAAACCCUGAUAGCAAUUAAAGCUCCACAUGGAACAACUCUCGAAGUACCUGAUCCUGAUGAAGAUGUUGAUUAUCGACAAAGGAGAUACAGGAUAAUCCUUAGAAGCACAAUGGGUCCGAUUGAUGUUUACCUAGUCAGCCAAUUUGAGGAAAAGUUUGAAGAGAUGAAUGGCGUUGAACCACCUCUGAGAGUCCCACUUGCUUCAAGUUCUGGCUCUAAUGAAAACCAAGUUGAGUUGGUCAAUACAGUGAGCAUCCAAAAGGAGAUUGAACUACAGGCUCAGCAAACUCAUCAAAUCUGCUCUGAUAUAAAUGCUACACAAGAGUCUGUUGGGGGAAUGAUGAGAAUUGUUCCAUCGGAUAUUGACAAUGAUGCGGAUUAUUGGCUUCUAUCAGAUGCCGAUGUUAGCAUUACAGAUAUGUGGAAGACAGAUUGUGUUGAAUGGAGCGGAGUAGAUAUGCUUCAUUCAGACUUCGGAAUGGCUGAGGUCGGUACCCCAAGGCCAGAAAGUCCACCUUCUAGAAUGACCGAAGUGCCAUCUUCUGAUUUUAAAUCAACUCGAUAGGUAAGAUUAUUUUCCUGACGAAAUUCUGCAGAACAAAUGCCAGCUAGGGGUUAUUCCAAUUUACUCCAGGGUUGAGCUAUUUUUCCUAUCCCAUGGUUUUAACUAUAGAAAUAAAAAGUGUCGGCAUCAGAAUUCUGGUCCAUCUAAUCUGGUUAUAUAUGCACAUUAACAACAUCCUUUUCUUGAUCUGAGUUGCUUAAUUUGUCAUUAGUUUUUUACAUAUCAAAAUCGAAAAAGCAGCCUUACUAAAUGUAGAUGUGUAGAAUUGGUGCAUCGAGAUGAUAAUCAUUGGAUCAAUCUUGUUGUUUGUACGAAUUCGAUCCAUUGUAUAUUUGAGGUUGUGACCUUGGCAUCUAUAAAUAAUCACAUGAUUAUAGGAAUCCAAUUAUUUUUCUA